CUCCCUCUCUCUCUCUCUCUCUAGCAGCGAAACUCUUUGGUAAAGCUGUGGCGUGUAUGUGCACGUGUGUGACUACUAAUAAGUUGUGUUGUUGAGGGAAGUGAAAAGAGCCACCGUCCGUCUUACUGGGUGCUGCUGUUCCUCAGCUGUUGUAUUGCCGACGUCGAUUGGCAUUUGAAGGACUUGUCUCGACUUCACCGAUAUCAGGAACUUUUACACUCGGUUGGAAUUAUGACGUCAGAGGGUAUUUAUGCAGACACCACACAGGACCCUCUGCUCAUUCAGGAGAAUGAGGAAACAUACAGAAACCCCACUGAAGUCAAGAUGAGUCAGAUUGUGCUGCCAUGUCACGCAAACCACUGUGGAGAGCUGAGUGUGGGGCAGCUGCUGAAGUGGAUGGACUCCACAGCCUGCUUGUCUGCUGAGAGACAUGCUGGUUGUUCCUGUAUCACUGCAUCUGUGGAUGACAUCCAUUUUGAACACACCAUAGGGGUGGGGAAGGUGGUCAAUAUCAUAGCAAAGGUCAACAGAGCCUUCACAUCAAGUAUGGAGGUGGGAAUAUUAGUGACUUGUGAGGACCUGUACACUGCCAGGCUGUGGAAGGUUUGUCAUGCCUUUGCUACCUUCGUCGCAAGAAGAACUGAAGCAGGGAAGGUUCAGCUGAAACAGGUGACUCCUCGCACACAAAUGGAGCAGAUGGAGUACAGCCUGGCAGCAGAGCGGAGGAGGAUGAGGCUCAUCCACGCUGAGAUCAUUACAGACCUGCUGAGCAGCAGCACAGCUCAGCUGGGAGAGUGCCAGGAGUUUCAGGAAGCUGUGCCAGCCGAGCGGACACGAGUGGAAAGUGUGGAGCUGGUGCUCCCGCCGCAUGCCAACCACCAAGUCAGCACCUUUGGGGGCCAGAUCAUGGCCUGGAUGGAGAACGUGGCAACAAUUGCAGCAAGUCGCUUGUGUAAUGCUCAUCCAAGACUGAGGUCCAUAGACAUGUUCCAUUUUCGCGGCCCGUCUCAUAUUGGUGACCGAUUGGUACUUAAGGCCAUUGUUAACAAUGCCUUCAAACACAGCAUGGAGGUAGGAGUGUGUGCUGAGGCCUACCAGGGUGGGGAACCUCUACGUCAUAUAAAUAGUGCUUUUAUGACCUUUGAGGUGCUGGACAGUGACAGGAAGCCAAGCACUCUGCCACGGAUACGACCUGAGCCUGUGGAUGGAAAAAGACGUUAUCAAGAAGCUAUUGCAAGAAAGAAGAUUCGGCUUGAUAGAAAAUACAUCAUCUCCUGCAAGCAAACCGAAGUGCCUCUGUCUGUGCCCUGGGAUCCAAGUAACCAGAUGUACCUGAGCUACAAUAAUGUAUCUGCACUGAAACUAAUGGAUACCAGGAACAACUGGGUUUUAACUUCUGAGAAAAACAAGGUGAGAUUGUACACACUGGAGGAGAACCACAUGCUGUGUUUUAAGGUGGAGAUGCACGUUGGCGUACCAGCAGAGCAGACUUUCCUCCUACUGUCGGACCUGAGGAGGAGAAAAGAGUGGGAUCGGCAUUAUGAGGAGUGUGAGGUGAUCAACCAUGCGGAUGAAGAAGACACACUUUAUCGUGUAGCUACACCGUCCAUAAGUAAAGGGGGCAAAGGCCAGGACUUUAUCUUGCUGGCAUCGAGGAGGAAACCAUGUGAUUUCAGGGACCCAUUUCUUAUUGCUCUGCGGUCUGUUACUUUGCCCACUCACCCUCCCACUGAGGACUACACCAGGGGGGAGGUGCUCUGUGCUGGCUUCACAAUCUGGGAAGAGUCCAGUACUGUCACCAAGAUCACGUACUACAACAAGGCCACACCAGGCGUCCUCCCCUACAUCUCCACAGACAUUGUCGGCCUCUCCUCCAGCUUCUACAGCGCCUUCUCUGCCUGCAGCCGCUUCCUAGAGGACAACAGGGACAGCCUGGUGGUUGCUCCAUCCUCUGCACUGUUACAUGACUGUGCUGAUAAGCUCUCUUUAAACGAGGAGCACAAGCAUCAGUAGGAGGGAUUAAUUUCUCCUCUGUAGUGGAGUUGCUUUUUGAAGAAGCCAUGGUUGAAUGUGAGUGUGCCACUGCAAUGUAUUUGUAUUCUUUUUAAGUCUGUAAAUCUCAGCCCUCCCUGUAUGUUUUCUAUUCCCAUAAAUGAGAGAUUUCUUUCUGAGACAGGCUUUAGAAAUACACUGUGAAGGUUUU